AGAUGAAGAUUUCCAACCGAUUAUGUAUAGAAAAAGAACUAAAAACACGCCGUAUAGUUCUGAAAAUAAAAAGACUAAAAUAAUCUCUUCAGCAGUCAAACCAAGCUCUUCAGCAGUCAAACCAAGUUCUUCAGUAGUUGAAUCAAGCUCUUUAGUUGCUGAAUCAAGCUCCUCCAAUUCAAAUGUUGCCAAUUCAAGCUCCCCAGUUUCUGAACAAAUUAAACAAGUGAUCACAAUCAAAACGACUAUUCAAAAUAUUUGGAAUCAGGAUCAUGUACGACCUUUAUACGAUUUAGUCGACAAUGUCAAUAUACUAGUUUUACAUACUUAUAGUUUCUCAAAAUACAUAUUUUUGGAGGAGCUAAAGAAUAGCAUUGACUUCAGCUUGGCAGAUUUUGUAACAAAGGAGUUUUUCGUAGAGGUGUUUCUGGCUCUGAUCAUUCGUCGUAAUGUUCCUGGAAAGGUAAAAGAUAGAACCGCUAUCUAUCGUGAAUUGAUAUCUCGUCACAAAUCAUCGUAUUUUGAAGAUGCUCAAUACUCCGCACAUUUUGGUAACAGAUUGCGUAUGUUAUUGAACAUGCUUUCUAAAAAAGAAGAAAAGAUACUCAGUCUCGAUCAUCCUAUAAAAGAAGCCCACCGAAAAGAAGUAUUUGAACCCCUUAACAAAAUGAAAUUCGCUGUAUCAAAAAAAGAAAUUCCUUCUUCGGACGUCCUGGAUGAAAAAGCAUUAUCAUCUAAUUCUAUCUAUUAUGAUGUUAAAGCUCACCCAGAGAAGCAUUUCAAUGCUUUCUACAAGAUUGCUAAACUUCUGGAAACUGAAGCAGCUAAAACAUUUAAUUGUUUUCCAAUCAAAACAUCGUUUAUACCAUCCUACAUUACUCUGGAUUCCAAAAUAGUUCAUCAUCACAUACUGAAGCAGAAAACUUCCUUCAAGGCGGAACAAAAGUUUGAGAUUUGGAGCAACGUCGUUAAUUUAAACAAGAAAUCAUUCAAACCUCAAGGACUUAAUAAAUCUCUACGAUUUCAGGGUACCAUUGAAACUGAUGGUAUUUGUGCUUCAGUGUUAAAACAGAAUAUCACCACGGGUAAAAAGCAGCCAAGAAUGAAUAAUAAGAAGACAGAUACUAUCGACGAGGAGUAUGUCGAAAAUAUACUACCUGCUACACUGAAGGAAAACCAAGGCAAAUACGUUUUAAUUGACCCUGGAAGACGAGACCUUAUGUUUUGCAUGCAAGAGUCAAGUACGAAGGAGAAGCCCCAAAUUCUAAAAUAUACAAAAAUCACUAGAAAUAAGCUGACUAGACAUAACAAAAUAUUAAGCAAACAAAAUACGCCAGAGUUAGUAAAAAUCGCCCAACUCAUUUUGUCUAAAACCGUAUCUUCUUCAGUAGACAUUACAAAAUUUAGGGAUUACAUCAAAACCAGAGCCUCUGUCACACAUGUAUUAACGAGAUAUUAUGGAAAUGAAACAAUGACGAUCAAUGAAUCAUAUUUCCCUGGAUCUGUCACGGAAUUCUCAAUACGACGAGGAUGUUUAUACUAUGGAGAUUUGUUUGUUAUUAUCCGCAACCGAAAGACACUACUAGUACCACUACUGAUUUGA